CUGUUAUUUGUGAACGGUUUCUGUUCUUUUUGGAGUUUGCCAACCCACCAUAAUCAUGUUGUCGUCGUCUCUCAGAGUCCUCUCCUACAGAGGCCCCUCAAUGGCCUCCCGGGCCUUCAGCACCACUUCUGCGGCAUAUGCUGCCGAGGUUAAGAAGCUGGGUGUGAUCGGAGCAGGCCAAAUGGGGCUUGGAAUUGCUCUCGUUGCUGCUCAAAAAGCUCAAGUCCCCGUUAGCCUGAUCGAUAACUCGCAGGCAUCUCUCGAUAAGGGUCUUAAGUUUGCCGAUAAACUCCUCGCCAAGGAUGUUUCCAAGGAGCGUCUUACCCAAGAUGCCGCAGAUGCUGCUCGCGCUCUCAUCACCCCCAGUGUGAAGAUGGACGACCUCUCGUCGGUGGACUUUAUCAUCGAAGCUGUUCCCGAAAUCACAGAACUCAAAACCUCGAUCUUUUCCCAGAUUUCUCAAAUCGCACCCAAGCACGCUAUUCUUGCUACCAACACCUCGUCCAUCUCCAUCACCAAGAUUGCCGCCGCCACUACAACAAAUCCUACCGAUUUGCAAGCCCCCUCCCGUGUUAUCUCCACGCAUUUCAUGAACCCAGUUCCGAUCCAGAAGGGUGUUGAGAUUAUCGCAGGUUUGCAGACUUCGCAGGAGACAAUCGACACGGCUAUCACGUUCGUGCAACGCAUGGGCAAGAUAGCAUCUGUCUCGGCUGAUUCGCCUGGCUUCCUUGCCAACCGUAUUCUCAUGCCCUAUAUCAAUGAGGCUGUUAUCUGCCUUGAGACCGGAGUUGGUGGUCGUGAAGAUAUCGAUAAUAUCAUGAAGAAUGGAACUAACGUGCCCAUGGGACCUCUGACAUUGGCAGACUUCAUUGGACUUGAUACUUGCCUUGCCAUCAUGAAUGUUUUGCAUCAAGAGACAGGAGACAGUAAGUACAGACCCUCUGGCCUGCUGAAGAGAAUGGUCGAUGCGGGCUGGAUGGGCAAGAAGACCGGAAAGGGCUUUUACAACUACUGAUAGAUUGCCUUGUGGGAAAAUAAUAUGUGAUAUCCUUGGUGUAUGCUACGAUCUUGUAUAAACAUCCCCAUAUAUAUUUACGAGAACGUGAAACGGCUCCAAACAACUAAGCACUUAUGAUGUUUCUACAAAUUAGUGUGUCUUCAUGGAUGCAAUUUUGGUACAAUUGUGUUC